AUGUUGCACCGUAGGGCGCGUUCGAAAAAUCGCUCCGAUUCAGAGGAAUCGGAAAAGACCGACAAGAAGCAACGCGGUCGGGAGAAGGAGCGUAAAAAGCGCAGCUCCAGCAGCAGCGACAGUAGCGCAAGCUCGUCCGGCAGUAGUUCGUCUCGCAGUAGCUCCGGAUCACGUUCGAGCUCUUCUAGCAGCAGCUCGUCCUCUUCCAGUUCCUCGUCAUCAUCCAGCAGCGAGGCAGAUCGUUCACGCACUAAGCGCAAAACUAACACCCGUUCACGCUCACGCAGCAAGAGCCUGGCGGAACCGGCCCAGAACUGGGACAAACAGUCGGCCGCAGCUACCAAGGAACCGUCGGCAAAGGGUACCGUUGUACGGUCAAAGUCGAAGGAAAGGUCGGAUCGACGUAGCUCGGAACCGCGUGAUAAUGACAAAGAAAACAAGCAGAGUCGAGCGGCUUCGGUGGAGAAAUCCAACAAAGAUUCGCGCAGCCGUCGUUCGCGGUCCGGUUCAUCGAAGAGGAAGCGGCGCGAACGUUCCGUAACACCGCGCCCGAUACGCAUCCACAUCGGGCGGUUAACGCGCAACGUUAACCGGGACCACAUCAUGGAAAUAUUUAGCUCGUACGGUGAGAUAAGUAAGCUCGAUUUUCCGAUGGAUCGGUUCCAACCGUUCGGCCGUGGCUUUUGCUACGUAGAGUACGUCGAUCCGGACGGUGCGGAAAAUGCGAUGAAAAACAUGGACGGUGGACAGAUCGAUGGGCAGGAAAUAACGGCUUCACCGGUGUUGGUACCGAAAACGCGCCCACCGCCCAGACGUCCGUCCCCGAUUAUGCGCAACAAUCGGCCGAUGCCACGCUGGAGAGCGUCACCGAUGCGUUACCGGCGUCGUCCAUCGAUCCGGCGUAGCCCCCGGCGCAGACGUUCGCGCAGCCCUGUACGAAGACGUCGCCAGAGCAACAGCUCGGACAGCUCGCGCUAG